AUGGACCGGGUGGGCAGCGAGGCGGCAAUGGGUGAAUUGCUGCGCGAGAAGAGCGAUGAGUUUAAUGAUGUGGCGGCUGCCCUCCGCUUCGUGCACGAACGUCUUCCGCAAAUCCUCCAACACCCGCCUCCCGACAUCUUUCCAAUACCAACACCAACACUUACUAACACUAGCAAUAGUAGUAAUAGUAUUAAUGGUGGGGGAAGUAGUAAUAGUAAUAAUAAUAGUACCCGUACGGGUCUCACUGGUCUCCGUCGUUGCCGCGGGAUGCUGCAGGAAGUAGAGCCGGUCGUCUCGCUCUAUCGUGCUUCUCCCACUGACUUCUUCGGUGACACACACACAGACGACGUGGCCCUGCUGGAAGCCACACGUUACUAUGUUAUUCCAGUUCCAGGAAACGCACACUUUUAUAAUCAGCAAGACGGUGAAGAGGAUAGGGCUGCAACACAUCAGCCACACGUUGAAAUGGAGUUUGCUUCAAUAGACCGCAAACGACGAGGACGCUCACCGGAAGGGAAAUCAUUUGAUGAUCACAAUCCACCACUAGAACAACAGGACACCACUGUAGAACGUGACACAAGAAUACGUCGUGAAGAGACAUUAUCUCAUGAGAAAAAUGAACAUAAUUUAGAGGUGAGUGUACCAUUAUACCAGCAGUUAAAUUUACCACAUCCACCACUUAGUACCACUCUUCACACUGCGUGUAUUGUAACUGUUAUUCAUCAUGGUGGAUUCGAAAGAGAACAAUUAAAGUUAAAUGAUGUGGUUGAUUUUUUUGGUUUCAUAGAAGACAAUUCGAAUUCUUCCUGCGUAAAUGAUACUGCUGAAUUAGAUGAGUUUGAAAUCUUCGGCACGUGGCAUGCGGAAAAUCUUCCUCCUGCAUUACUUUCCCGUAUGAUAUGCAUGUCCUGGAGACAUGUUUACACUACCCCAGAACGCCCUAUACUCUCUCCCUAUUUUGAGAACAAACGUCCUUUUGUGGUGCAGUACUUUGCAAAUACUAUUUGCCAAGGUGAUGUUUUGUUAGCGGAGUAUAUUCUUCUGCAUCUUUGUGCGCGUGUUAUCACGCGUGAAAGUGCCACUCCUAUUGGAGAUGUACCCCUUCGUGUGGAGGGAGAUGGUAUUAAUCCAGAACAAUGGUCCAUGUGGAUGCGGAGUGUAGCACCUGUGGGUGAAGUUCUGCUUGGUGAGAAGCAACUGUUGAACUCUAAAACUCGCAUCGCACCGAAACAGGAUCACAAUGUCAAUGUUUUGCGUUCCGGUAUUUUACAAUUAGCUAAUGGAACACAUGUUACAUUGGACUGUCACGUUAUUUCAAAGGCAAGUAAUGUUGUACAUGAGGGUAUUUUUGCUGUGAUGCACAGACAAGUACUACCACUGGAAUAUCCAUACCAGACGCAUGAGUUACCUAUUGAUCUCAACUUUCUUGCCUUAUCCACAAACCGGGCAGAGAAUGACAUUGAGUUUCUGCGCCUAGCUGUCUCAGUACGAUGGCAACCAGAGACUUUAAUGGAUGCGGCAACUUCUCCUGCACUUAAACCAGAUGAAGUACGAGAAUAUUUGGCCCAGGUUCGGUGUGUAUGCCGCAGAUUUGACACUGGGGAUGUCUGCAAGUCACGCCGUCUCGCAGACAGACUUGUUAGUUUCGCUGAGCAAGAACCACGAUGGAACAACCGUGAUUCCUUUAUUCACAACAAUUCCUUUUCCAUGGCUGCUGCCUUGAUGCGCUCUUGUGCAGCAAGUUUUGGGCGAGAACUAAUUAAUGACGAAGAUGUUGAGCAUGUUCUUUCUUUAGAAAGGCAACGUGUCGCUCGCAUCCAGUGA